AUGAUCUGCCUGAUCUGGUUCUCCGGAGGAGACCAGUAUUUCGUGCUCCAGCUGUCCGUUGGUGGGAUAUGUUCCAAUAGCAGCGACCUAGCGCUGGAAGAGGUUCGUGCAUUUUCACACCAGAUUUACAUGUCAUGGCACGGAGCAGCCAUGCCCGAAUGGGGAAGUGGCCAUGCUGAUAGCCGGCGCUCGUCGUGGUGUAGUGCUUCCCUGGAAGGACGUGGGGCUAGAAGCAUCGUGGCCACGCUCUAUGCUCAGCAAGAGAAGCUACACAACCUCGAGUUGAAGCUGAGGCAGCUUCAGGCAACUCCCAGUGCUGCUGCGGAGCAGCCCCGGAAUCGAGGAGGCGGCGGCGUCGCCUCCUUCCUCGAGGACGUGGCUCGUCGUUUGGACGCUGUCAGUGACCGCCUGCAGGCUCUUCCUGUCAGUCAGCCAAGGUCAGCUGUGCGUCAGAGGGAGGCGGCUGAGGAGAUGUGCAGAGAGGUCGACAGAGGCUUCCAGGAUUUCGUGAGAAUCUCGCGUGAGCCACCAGCCCUACGUCACACAGGCCUCGGGUCAGCACCGAGUUGGCCAGAAAAGGCCGAAGAUGCUUGGCGGGAACGACACUGGAUUGAGCCGGUAGCUGCAACGCAAGUACAUCGUCCCGCGCUAGAAGCAGGUGCCAAGGAGGCGAAUCCAAGCCCCUUUCCCCAGGCCAACCAACGAAUCAAGGCAGUGCCGGAGCUCCCUGUGGCUGAAAACAUCGACCGAGACGUCUUCCUGGCCAUGGGCUGCAAGGCCCCGCAGCCUCGCGACGUCGCAUUGCCCUACGACAGGCAGAUGCCGGCACCUCUGGGAGCAGGACCCCUCACGGCAACAGCGCUCCCUGAACGUUGCGCAGGCACGCAGCCGCAGCUUUCCGAGCCCAAGGAGUUCGGCGUUGGCGUCUUCCAAGCACCGGCCAGGCAUGUGCAGCAGACCACGUCUCCUCUGCUGCCCAAGCGGAGCGACGUACCACAAAUGGCGAUCAGAGGUUGCGAAUGGCUGGAGCCUGUGACGGGAGCGGCAGCCGAACCCGUGCAGCAGAGCACAGCGCCUGCUCCCCACCUUCCUGGACGUCUGCCUGGCCAGGCAUUGUUGGGGGAGGAACCACGCGAAUUUGAUCCGGAUGUUUUGUGGGCGAAGUAUGCACAGCAAGUUGUUGUCGAUGGACGAGCCUUCAGACUCACUGAUGGGGCUGCGUCCAUGAGCCAGGACGAAGAGGGCUUCUGUGGCGCCCGAGAAGCCCAGGGUGCAUACUCGGAACCUGACCACGACAAGCUUGACGCUGAGCUUCUGAAGGAGGAGGGCAACCAACUCCUCAAGGCCGACGAGCCUGAGUUGGCCAUCGAACGCUACGAGGGCGCGCUGGAAGUCUUAGGCCGCGUCGGGGGCGGGGCCAACGAACUUUUCCUGCAGAGCUCUCUGCACGUGAGUCGAUGA